CUUUUUCUGGGUAUGCAGAGGUUAGAAAAUGGUGGCUUUGACUCGAUUUUCUGUUAAUGCAUCCUAGCCAGAUUAGUAGGAGCAUUAUUUAUAUCUAUUGAUCGAAUAAUAUUGACCAUCUGAAAGAGAAAUAAUUUAUAAAUCUACACGAUGCGAUUGUUAAAGUUUUUCUUAAUAUUGUUUGUUUGAGAGUUUUAACUUUAAAAUGAAAAGUCAAUCCUAGUAGUUAUUUUUUAAAAUUAUUUAUUUUAAACAGAAAAACUUUACAAGCUUCUUUUAGUGGAUGAGAUUAAAUAAGCAGAAAUGUUUUUAGUAUAAUAUUGUAUCUAGAAUAGAAUCAUGCUGCUAACCAAACUGUUAAUCGAGAUAUCUUGUUAAAAACAUUUCUUAUACUAGUUUUUAUAGGGUUUUUUUACAUCUAAUUGUUUGAUUUCUUUCUAUUAAAUCUACUCUUUUUACCACAAUAUUUAUGUGUUCUCUCUACUUAAUUAAAUCAUCUAAGUCUAUUUUUUAUCAUAUUUUCGGUUAUAGGGCCCUAACACCCUCUCUUUAAUAAUAUUAUUUUGGGUUAAACCCUAUUUUGCCCCCUGCCAUUUGGGGAGAAUCUCAAAAAGGACCCUGUAAAAAAAAACAGAUUACGUUAUUGUCAAUUCCAGAUUCCCUCAUUUUAAACCCUUGGUGGAUGAGAUCCCAUAAGUAGCUGACAUGGAUGUGACACGUUGACAAUUCUUAUUAUUUGGGAUAUACGUGUCAUUUUUUAUUAUUUUUUUUAUUUCAAAAAAAACAUUUAACUUAUUUAAUUAUUGAAACAAUGUAAAUUAAAAUCAAAUCUCAAAGGAAACUUUCGUUCACCUCCCUGAAACCCUAAAACAGCAAACUUUUAUUUGCACCUUCUCCAUCGCUUCCUUUCAUCGACUAUGUUCAACGCAUCUUCAAAGGAAAAGUAAUAACAUUGGAAGAAUGACACUGUUCGAAAUAAUCUUUCACCAUGGUGGUGAGUUCGUGCGUGAUAACUUCGUAUUCUACAGAGGAGGAGAUGUAACGAUUGUUCAUGGGUAAGAUUCAGAUACUUGGUCAUACUACGAAGCAAUGAGUUUAGUUUUCCAGUUUGGCUUUGAUGGAGGUCGAAUCAGAAUGUGGAGGAAAAUAGAAGGUAUUGAUGAAAACUUUUUUCACUUGACUGAUGAUGUUCAUGUUACAGAAAUUGCAAACCACUCUAUCUUGCACAAUGUUAAGGGACAUAUUUGGCUAGAACAUUUUGUUGGAGACAACACAAAGCGGGCUGAGAAUCCAAAUAUAGUUGAUGUUGGUGAAGUGAGUGACAAUGAUGACUCUCCAGGGGUAAGGUUUAGGGACAGCGAGGAAGAAAGAGUGAAUGAUGACAAUGAAGGCUUUGUGGUUGUGGAGGUUGAAAGACCAGAUGAUGGUAAUAGGGUUGAAGUGGCAAGUAAGAAGCUUAGGUACAAGUUAAGAGCUAACAAGGAUGCAUCAACUUUAAGGUCUCCCAAAAAAUUAAAGUUGCGUGUUCCUUCAAGGGUGCAUGGGGGCAAACCUAGUUCAUCAAAGGUUGUAGAGCAAGAUGUUGAUUAUGAGAGUGAAGAGCUUGGUAGUUCUGAUCCAGAUGUUAGUGACAAUGAGAAGAUGCCCAAGUAUGAGAAGUUUAAAGGAGACUUACUCAACAAAGACUAUGAGUUUAAACUAGGUAGGGAGUUUAACUCUCUUAUUGAAUUUAAAGAUGCCAUAAGGGAAUGGUCUGUUUUAAAUGGUAGAGAGAUUAGGUUAGUGAAAAAUGAAAGUACUAGAGUUAGGGUAGAAUGUAGGGGUAAAUGUGGAUUUACAGCCCUUUGUAGUAAAGUUGGUGACAAACACGCUUUUCAAUUAAAAACUUAGGUGGGGACCCAUACUUGCGCUAGGGUUUUAAAUAACAAGUCAGCAAAUUCUAAGUGGGUGUCUAAAGUUGUGGUAGAGAAGAGGCAUCAAAGUGGCAAGGUCAAAAUAUUAGAUCUGAUGGCAGAACUAAGGAGCAAAUAUUCAGUUGGGAUUUUUAAGGGAAGGGCAUGGAGAGCUAAACACAUGGCUGAAAAAAUAAUUGAAGGAUAUUCUUCUAAGCAGUAUUCCAUGUUAUACAAUUAUGCUGCAGAGCUUAAGAAGCAAAAUGAUGGAAAUACUGUAAAGAUAUCUGUGGAGCGGCCAAUUCCCACACUACCACCAAGGUUUGGUAGUUUCUAUUUUUGCUUUGAUGGCUGCAAGAAGGGUUUCCUCCAUGGUUGCAAACCAUUUAUUGGUGUAGAUGGCUGCCCAUUAAAGACCCAGUAUGAUGGCCAUUUGCUUAUUGCUGUGGCUAGAGAUCCAAAUGAUCAAUACUUUCCUCUAGCAUUUGGUGUUGUGGAGACAAAGACAAAGGAAUGCUGGAGAUGGUUCUUGCAACUCCUGAUGGAAGACAUUGGACAACAUAGAAGAUACGUUUUCAUAUCUGACCAACAAAAGGUAUGAUUUUUCUUGUGACAUAUAUAUUUGAUUUUUCUUGUCAUGUUUUUGUAGACUUAUUCUGGUUGCUCAUUGUCAUAGGGAUUUGUGGCUGUAUUUGAAGAGAUGUUUGAGUUAAUAGAGCAUAAAGUAUGUCUAAGGCAUUCGUAUGCCAACUUCAAAAAGAAAUUUGGUGGAGGCAGUGCAAUUAGGGAUCUGAUGAUGGGAGCAGCAAAAGCAACCAAUCUAUAAGCUUGGGAGAAGAAGAUGUCUGAGUUAAGGCAACUAGAUCCAAAGGCUUGGGAAUGGCUAGUAGGUGUUCCAACCAAACUAUGGUGUAAGCAUGCUUUUAGCUAUUAUCCAAAAUGUGAUGUCCUGAUGAAUAAUCUUAGUGAGUCUUUUAAUAGUACCAUAUUAAAGGCUAGGGAUAAACCAAUUAUCACUAUGUGUGAAUGGAUUAGGAAUUAUCUUAUGAAUAGGGUUGCAGUUAGUUUGACUAAGUUAGAUAAGUGGAAACAUAAGAUUAUGCCUAUGCCUAGGAAAAUAAUGGACAAAGAAAUUGUAAUGAGUGGUAAUUGGAUUCCUACUUGGUGUCAAAACUUGAUAUGGCAGGUUAACCACACAUUUGAUGGGCACCAAUUCAUUGUAGAUUUAGGUAAAAAAACAUGCACAUGUUGUUUUUGGGAACUUGUGGGCAUUCCAUGUAGGCAUGCCAUAGCUGCCAUGAGUUAUCAAAACUUGGAUCCAGAAUUAUAUGUGGAUGAUUGCUAUAGUAGGGAAACAUACACUAAAUGUUACUCAUAUAGUGUGAGUCCCACUAAUGGCAUGGAUAUGUGGCCUACUAUUGAUAAUGAGGAGAUGCUUCCACCUUCAUACAAGAAAGGUCCAGGUAGACCCAGAAAACUUAGGAUUAGAGAGCAUGAUGAAAAUGGAUCUAGAAUGAGAAGGGCAGCUGUUAACUAUAGGUGCACCAGAUGUGACAACAUUGGACAUAACUCCAGGAAAUGUAAAGCUGGAGAACAAAAUCCUGCAACUUUAAAGAGAAAGAGAAAGGCACCAAGGAAAGCUGCUUCAACAAGCAAUGUGGGUGACACUGAUACAACAGAGGAUUACUUUGAGGGGGAAAUUGAUGCAACCGUUGAAGCAAUGGUGGCAUUAGUAGAAGCUGACUUAGCAACUCAAGCAUCAUAGAUAGUGAAUCGAAGUCCUACCAUCAAGUUUCCAUCCAAGAACAAGAAAAAGAAAAAGAAAGUUUGCUCUAAGAAGAAAUGAAGUUGAUCCAUGUUGUGUCGUGUUUUGUAAUUCUGAAUGUUGUGUUCUGAAUGGUUGUGUAAUGGCAUUUUGGGUAAUGGUUGUGUAAUUCUGAAUCCUGAAUUUAGUACAAUGGUUUUUUGGGUUUAGUACAAUGGUUUUUUGGGUUUAGUACAAUGGUUAUAAUCCUGAAUGUUAUGUAAUUCUGAAUGUUACAAUUUCAAGUGCAGUUU